GCCACGCCGCGCGGCUCUGUGCCACUUCAGUCGGCCGCCGGCCGCGCCACCAGUAGUGUGCGUGUGUUCCGUGUAACCGUCUGUGCGAGUGCCGCUCCAGUGUUCCGCAGCGAGCGAGCUGACGCCUCGCGUGUGUUUGUGUGUGCUGCUUACCGAGAAGUCGUGGCCAUGCUGGUGCAGUCGCCGCGGUGGACCGACCACAGCCUGGGGCCCAAGGCGCCGCCCGCGCACGCCAACGGUUGCGGCGGGUGCGAUGUAGGCGGCGGCGAGGCGAUGGGAUCGAGCGCGAGCCGGCAGCCGGCGGGCCUGGCGGGGCGGCGCGCGCACUCCUCGGGUUCUCUGCCGCGCACCGCGGCCGCCGCCACCGCCGCCGGAGCCGCCUCCGCCGCGGGGCCCGCCCCCGGCGCCAGGGGCCGCAGCUGCGGGGGCGGUGGGGGCGGCCGUAGCGGCAAGCUGUGCAAGGACCGCGCCGCGCUCUGCGGCUCGUUGCCCAACCACCUCGACUGCAACGACGCCAGCAACGGGCUGGACCAGGGCUACGGCUCCGAGCGGUCGCCCGACGACGAGGAGGACGACGACGACGAGGAGGAGGAGGAGGAAGAGGAGGAGGAGGAGGGCGAGGAGGCCACCUGCCACUGCGCCACCUACCCGUUCCUCAACACCGACUCUGCGUUCGAGGUGCAGCUGGUGAAGGGCAGCCGCGGCCUGGGGCUGAGCGUGUGCGGCGGCGCCGACUCGGCGGAGCGCUGGCCCGGCCUGGUGCGCGUCAAGCGGCUGUUCCCGCAGCAGCCCGCCUGGCUGUGCGGCCGGCUCCAGCCGGGGGACAUCCUGCUGGCCGCCAACGGCGUCUCCCUCGUCGGACUCACCGACUACCAAGCCCUGGAGGUGCUGCGGCGGACGCCGAGCCGCGUGUCGCUGCGCGUGGUGCGGCCUCCGGGCAGCCUGGUGCCCGUGCCGCCUCCGGCGCCCGGCCAGCCGCCGCCGCCCCCGCGCCGCGACGCCCACCUCUCCCAGCAGCAGCUGCUGCCGCCGCCGCCCUCGCAUGCCGACGAUAGUUCCAGGGAAUUUGAUAUUGUGCUGACCAAGGUGAACCGCAGCCUGGGCUUCACUCUGCGCAAGGAGGAUGAAAGUGUUCUGGGCCACUAUGUCAGAGCAUUAGUUCGUGAACCUGCACUCUCAGAUGGGCGUAUUCGGCCUGGUGACAAGAUAGUUGCGGUAAACGAUGUGGAUAUAUCUCCAAUGAGUCAUGAAGAAGCAGUAAUGUUCCUGCGACAGUGUGGCGAUGUUGUCAAAUUACGUUUGUAUCGUGAUGAGAGCCAGACUCCAGUAUCUGCUCUUUCACCAACUGAGGAGGAGAAGCCAUUUAAACCAAAGCCUCUCUUAAGGAAAGAAGCAAGAGACAUGCUUACAGACUUAGCAGUACGAAAGAUGUCACCUGGUGAAUCAAGCUACAGUGGUAGCAGGCUGCGCCGAGUGUCAGCUGAUUCAUCUCCCUGCUCUUCACCACGCAGACGUCAUCUCACAAGAUCUUCUCCUUCAGAAAACAAAGCUGCAACACUUGAAAGAAUGCCAGCUGGUCAAAAAUACAUGGUAUCAAGUCAGAGUCAGACGAGUACUUCAGACUCAUCUGAGGAGCACUCACAAAACAACAGCAACACACUGACAUGUUCGAGCAGUGCCGAUGCUGAUGCCGACUCCACACGGGCCAGAGGGCAUGCCAGCAGCUUUUCAUCAACAGCAGGAAGUGUGGGAGAGCCUGUCAAGCCCCUGAGGCCAAAUUUCCUCGAUCUCUGUGGAGCAGUGGGCAGCCUGACCCCACAGACGCGGAAACCACGUCUGGUGUUUGGGAGCAGCGGGGAGGCUGAAUGGGAAGAGGAUGAGGGGGACCCACCUCCUGAGCCUGCACCUGGAAGUCCCUGCCCUAGGUACAGUAGCAGUUGCUGCAGCAGUAGUGGUGGUGGUGACAUAAUGCCACUAGCCACUGACUCUGUUGAGCCAGUGAGCAUGCCACCACUCUCAUCUACAUCAAGCACAAGUACUGCAUUCAGUUACCGUAAUCCAGCAUACCAGUCUGCAGUCGAUGCUACAGGGCAUCGCAAUCAAUCAGAUCGUGCAGGUACUGGUACUUCAGGCGCAGGUGCUGGGGGACUGCUGAAAUGGAAGGGAGUGGUUUUCACACCAGAAGACGGCAAUGGUCCCACAAAUGGAUUGCACUGUCUACCAGAAGCAGAAAGGGCACCAGAUGCUCACCUUCCAGCUGAUUAUGAACCAGGCGAUCAGAUAUUCAUGGUAGAGCUAACUCGUGGCUGGAACAGCAGAUUGGGAUUCAGUCUACAAGGCAAUGGGCAACAUACCUACAUAAGUGCAAUUUAUGCUGACAGUGUAGCAGCCAAGGACGGUCGCCUGCAGGCUGGUGAUCGAGUUCUAAUGGUUAAUGAUGAAAAUGUUGAGACUAUGAGUACAGCAGAUGUAAUUGACCUUCUGAGAAAAAUACGCGGGACAAUUGGCAUUACAGUUCUAAGGAAACAUAAACAAGAACUUACAACACCUACCACGUGACUUACAAAAGCUUAAAAAGAAAAGCUAUAGUUAUUGUUCCGCUUACCAAGGAUACUUUACAUAACAUCUGUUAAGCAUCUGUGUUAAAUUUUAUCUUGCAAUCAAAGAUGUUAUUUUUUAAAUGUACAGUCACUGUAUUUAAUUAUACCUUGGCUUUCAGUAAAAGUUAUUUGCAAGAAUAAAUACCCUCUAAAAAGAAGGGGCAAUUAUUUCAACAUCUAACAUAAAGACAUUUACUUCCAGAUGCAACACUAAAUUGAAAGGCCAUGAACAUAUCUUUAUUUUCAGUACAGAGAUUGCCCUUUUCCUACAGAGUGUGCAUGACUUGUAGCACUCAAAAUGAACUAAUUGCUAUGCAAUCAUGCGAAGAAAAGGCAAUGAAUUUACUUGCCAUUUUUCUAAAAUCUGAAUUGUUGGCUGGGUUUUUGAGAUGAGAACAAAUUCUUUUAAAUAUGCUUGCAUUCCAGUAAAAU